CACGGAACGCUUUACUAUUUAGGAAACAAUGACCAAGACCAAUACCACCGAAAUGGGGUGGGGAUAUUUGUUUCUGCAAAACAUACACAAUGUGUUAUCAGCCAUUCACUAAUAUUGGAUAGGCUGAUGAUACUUCAAAUACAGGGUCAACUUUUCAAGAUUAAUAUAAUACAAGUAUACGCCCCAACAUUUACCAAUAAUAAUGGAGACAAGCUAGAAGACUUAUACAACUCUAUCAAUAAGAUACUUGGCAAACUAAAAAAGAAUGAUAUCACCGUGAUUAUUGGUGAUUACAAUGCUAAAGUUGGCAUGGGAAGACGGGAAGAUCUGAUAGGAGACUUUGGGUUGGGUCUAAGUAUUGGGAGAGGGGACAGACUUUUUGAAUUCUGCCAGGAAAAUGAUAUGGUGAUUACGAACACUUGGUUCAAAUUACCAAAAAGAAGACUCUACACCUGGAAAUCACCUGCUGAUAACAAUCAUUCACCAAUUAGAAACCAUAUAGACUACAUACUCGUUAAUAAACGUCACAGAAACUGCAUAACACGGGUGACAACAUUUCCUGGUGCAGAUAUUGGUUCUGACCAUGUUCCAUUGGUGGCAGACAUCAAACUAAAAUUAAAGGCAAUUAAACCAAAGUGCAGAAACCAACACUAUGAUAUUACGAGAAUAGAAAUACAGUGGAACCUCGGUUAAUGACCAAAUCGGUUAAUGAACUUUUAUUUUGCAAAAAUUUUGUCUCGGAUAACAAACAUAAUGGUAUUUUGUGUCAAAUUUUAGUUGGUGUUAUGCA